AAAAGCUAACGCCUGGUUUUCUGCUCUUCUUCUCACUACUUAAUAUUGAACCACUACGCUUUCUCCCCUUCACCAACUCAUCGUCAAUCCAUUUGUCACUUCUCUUCCUCAAUAAAUACUCCUCUCUUCCCCUUCUCCUUUUCUAUCAAGCAUGAGGAUGAGUUGCAAUGGUUGUAUCCUCCGAAAAGGUUGCAGUGAUGAUUGCUCCAUCAAGCCUUGCCUUGAUUGGAUAAAAUCUUCCGAUGCCCAAGCCAAUGCUACUCUCUUUCUUGCAAAAUUCUAUGGCCGGGCCGGCCUUAUCAACCUCAUUGAGGCCGGCCCCCAACACCUUCGCCCUGCUAUAUUUAGGUCACUUCUGUAUGAGGCUUGUGGGCGGAUUGUGGAUCCGAUAUCAGGUUCAGUGGGGUUGCUUUGGUCAGGGAAAUGGGUUCAAUGCCAAGCGGCGGUUGAUGCUGUCCUCAAAGGCAAACCCAUAAGCCAAAACUCUUCUUCAACUUUUUAUUCUUCUUCUAAUUCAUCAACAACGACAAUUUCUUCUGCAUUACACCAGUUUCCCCUUCUCAAGAUCUACGAUAUCCGCCAUGCUUCCAAGGAACAACCCACUUCCAGUUCAGACCUCAUCACCAAUACCUCCCGCUUGAAGCGUUCCUGGAACCGCAGUCCCAAAGCCCCGGCCACAACUGUCGCAACCAAAGGUACGGAUCUUGACUCAUCAAUAUUGAUGACUCCACUUGGCAAUGCAGAGAGCUCGUUGCAGACGGUGGAGGCCCGGAGCUCUGUUGGGUUAGAACUAACUUUGGGUUUAAUCAGUAGUUCCAAUGAUAGCUAGCUAGUGAAAGAGUAACAGGUGUAAACUCUGAGUUGGGCAAUAUGAAUACACAUAUAGUCCUUUUGAUUAGCUCUUAAUUAUAAUCAAGCUUAUGUUUUAUCAGUUAA